GGAACUUCUUGUAUCGAUCCAAGUGGUACCAAAAGCCGCAGGUAGUUCACCUGCGCAGCAUCAUGAGGGGUAGCGCGGUGUCGUGCUGUUCCUUUCUGAGCCUCCUCGUCGCGCUCUUCUGCGGUGAUUUGUUCGCCUUCUUGAGCGUGCCGGGGAAUGCCCUUUGCGACAUCAUCCUAACGGUGGCCUUUGGCUUCUUUGCUUUCGAGUUCGUCCUGAAUGCCUUUUCUGACAGGACUUAUCCUCUGAGUUUCUUCUUUUAUAUGGACUUGAUCGGAACCUUCUCGAUGGUCUUCGACAUUUCCUACAUGUGUGGCCCUGAUGCUAUGUCCAUCGAAAGAUUGCACACCUCCUCCAGCAGUGGUGGGGGAGUCAUCGUGAUGCGAGCGGCGCGCGCUGCGCGCUUGGGCGCCCGUGCAGGGCGUUUGAGCCGAGUAGCGAAGAUCGUGCGCUUCGUCUCGGGAUCCGAGGAAGAAGGCUCCGGAAACGUUCGGAUGGCGAAGGUGAUCUCCAACAAAUUGUCGGACGUCCUCUCCAUCCGCGUGGCCUUCGUGGUGAUUUGUGUGGCCGUGGUGCUGCCGUCGCUGAGCAUCUUCGAAUAUCCCGAGAUGGAGGAGUCGCUGACCGCCUGGACCAGCUUCCUGGCGCCGGACGUCCAGCGCUACGCUGAGGGCGCCCGGGGCGAGAUGGCGGUGAUCCAGCAGCUGCUGAGGGAUCUCUCGAAGUUCUACUCUACGGCGAACUAUGGGCCCUUCCUGAUCUGCUACCGAAAGACAGGGGCUGACCUCAAUUCAGAGGAGUUGCUGGCCUGUGGCGCGACGGACGACACCGUCAAGUUCGAGGUGGAGGGCCACUGGGCCGCGCCUGCGCGGCGUGAGUUCGUGAUGGCCACCAGCCAGGGGCAGAUGGAUUUGCUCUUCGACUUGGCGGAACCGAAGCGCUUGGAAGCGUUGAUGGGCAUCAGUCUCAUCAUGUUCAUCAUCCUGGUUAUGGUGGCCUUCAGCAUCGUUCUGACGGAGAACAUCUCUACAGUGGCGCUGCUGCCGCUGGAGAGGAUGUUGGACGUGGUGCGCCAUCGAUGUGCACAGAUCUUCAAGUACACCAACGCCUUGCAGGAGGAGCCACCCAGUGACGACGAGGACGAGGAGGAGCGUGAAGAUGAAGACGUGGAGGACAAAGACGAAGAGGACAACGAGUUCGCCCUGCUGGAGAAGGCGGUGGCAAAGCUGGGAGCCAUUGCAGAGCUUUCUGCAAAAGACCAGGAUCCCAACGCCAAGAAGGACUGGACCGAGAACGAGAUCAUAGUACAUGAGUGGACCCAGCCGACCGAGAGCCUUCACAAACAGAGUGUGGUCAGUCAGGUCAUGGAUUUGACUCGAAGGAUGUCCAUGCUGGUGGAGGACAACGACGCCUUGAUCAAACUGAACGAAGACGCGAGCACGGAGGUCAUGGAUGAAGCCAGGAAACCUGGCUUCAAUGCCUUUAAGCUAACGCCUUCUCAGAUCAAGGACUUUGUACGACGCUACCUGAAACCCGUGGUCCUGGUGCAGUUCGUCAACGUCUUGGAGCCGAUGUACCUGCCAAAUCCUUUCCACAACUUUGUGCACGCCGUGGAUGUGCUGUGCUGGCUGACCAUGGAGAUGGAAAACGUUGAGGUGCAAAGUUUCCUGGCAGACUCCGAUCAGUUUGCCCUGUUGGUGGCUGCUUUGGGUCACGAUGUCGGACACCUGGGAGUCAACAACCAGUUCUUGGUGGCGACCAGCCAUGAGCUGGCAGUGAUCUACAACGACAAGUCACCACUGGAGAACAUGCACUGUUGCAAACUCUUCCAGGUCCUGGGGCACGAGGCGCAACUCUUCCAAGCCCUCGACAAGGAGACCUACAAACGCAUGCGCAAAGACAUCAUUGAGGCGAUCCUCCACACGGACAUCACCAAGCACAAUGAGAUGGUGAAGGACUUGUCCUUGUUCUACCAGAUGAACAAAGACGUCCUGAACAUCGCGGAGCUUUCGGCCGAGGCCAGGGAGGUGCUGAAGUCCAAUACGUCGCUGAUGAUGUGCAGCUUCCUUCACUCCGCGGACGUGAACAACCCUUCGAGGCCCUGGCACAUCGCGGAGAAGAUGGCACAUCUUUGUGUCGAUGAAUUCUUCGCUCAGGGUGAUAAGGAGAAGGAGCUGGGGAUCCCCGUGGGCAUGUUGAACGAUCGCGACAAGGUCAACAGGGCUUUCUCGCAGAUUGGAUUCAUCGAGUUCAUGAUCGCCCCAUGGGUCGAGGCACUCGUGCCGAUGUUCCCCGUCCUGGACUUCAUGGCUGACUACACCGCAGAGAACAUCCAUAAAUGGGCGGUGCUCUGGGAAAACGAGGUGGAGCCACCCGCCGAGCAGGUGGAAAAGCUCACGCUACGCGUGCAGAAGGUGGUUGGAAAGCUGAUGACACAGAAGGGCCCUUUGGCAAAGCUCUCUGAUGCUCCGUUGGACGUCCCGCAGCACUGGGAUCGGUGGCGUCAGUUAGACACCCGCGCCUAUCACAAGGAGGGUGGCCAUGCGCCUCCCUCAGACCGUUGA